CGCGCCCCGUGUUUACAGCGCUGAGGCAGGCAGGCAGGCCGCGGCGGUGGCGGCGGCGGCGGGGGAGCAGGGAGGAUGGACGCGGAGAAGACGGCGCUGGUGCUGAGCUUCGUGCAGACGCUGCUGGCCUGCCUGCACCUCCAGACCCAGAUGCUGUGCUACGUGGAGGAGCAGCGGCGGAGGAGCGCGCGGCGCCUGGCGGUGCUCUACCAGCUCUCCCUCCCGCUGCGGCCCCGGGUCGCCUGCCAGCGCCGCCGCCGCUUCUGGAUCCGGCCCGGCAGGAGCGCCCGCUGGUGGGAGAACUUCGAGAAGGAGCUGGUUCCGCCGGAGGACUGGCUGGAGAACUUCCGCAUGUGCCGGGCGUCGCUGCUCGCGCUGGCGGAGCUGCUGCGUCCGCACAUAGAAGGUCAGAGGACGGUGAUGCGCUCGCCGGUCAGCGUGGUGGUCAAGGUGGCGUGCACGCUGCACUACCUGGCGGACGAGGGCGGCCUGCGGCGGACGGCCAACGCCUUCGGCCUGUCCCGCUCGGCCGUGUCCACCAUCGUCAGGCUGGUGUGCGAGGCCAUCGCGGUGCACCUGGGCCCCACCUACAUCCGGCUGCCCGCCACCGAGGACGAGGUGCGGCGGCUGGCGCGGGGCUUCGAGCUGGCCCACGGCCUGCCGCAGUGCCUCGGGGCCGUGGACGGGACCCACGUGGACAUCAAGCAGCCGUCCGCCAGCUCCUCGGACUACCUGAACCGGAAGGGCCGCUUCACGCUGAACGUGCAGGCCACGGCGGACUUCCAGCACUGCUUCCUGGACGUGGUGGUGAAGUGGCCGGGCAGCGCGCACGACGCCCACAUCUUCUCCAACUCCUCGCUCAACGGCGACCUGAGGAGCGCCAAGAUCCCGCCCUGUCCCCGCAAGCUGGUGGAGGACGAGGAGGCGGUGCCGGUGUACCUGCUGGGCGACGCGGCGUACCCGCUGCUGCCCUACCUCAUGAGGGAGUACCCUGGCAGCGGCCGCUGCGCCCGCGAGCAGCAGCUGGGCCGGCGCCUGCGGCGGGCGCGGACGUCCAUCGAGCUGGCCUUCGGCAGGCUGAAGGCGCGCUUCCGGGCGCUGCGGCGGGUGAUGGACAUCAACCUGAACGACCUGCCCUUCGUCAUCUACGCCUGCUUCGUGCUGCACAACUACUGCGAGGCGUCGGGCGACGCCAUCGACGACGGCGCCGUGGCCGACUCCGUGCAGCACGACCGGGACAACCAGCCCGAGGCCGAGGAGGCGGCGCCGGACGGCCACACGGCGGAGGGCGAGCGGGUCAGGAGGGUCCUGGCCAAGUUCCUCCACCCGUAGAGGAGCUCCCUCCGCCCGGACUGAGAACGUCGUUUACUUUUUUCUGUCUUUUUACAAUAAACGAGUUGAAAGAGACUCUCCUCCGUCCC